AUGUUCAUAUGCAACUUGCUCAAAAGGGCUGUGGCUCUUCAAUACAUGAUUAUCAAAACUCUCAACGGUUGUCCGAAUAGAAAAGAGAGGCUGAAAAAGGUUAUGCAGAGGAUCAUCGCCUCAAGUACAGCUGAGGUAGUAAGACCACUGUCUUCUGCAAACAUUGCUAAGUCAUGUCUAAGGAAGCUCGAUUUACAUGCUAAGAUCCCAUCCGGGUUUAAGGCAUAUGCGCCUUUUGCAAGAAAAUUGUUGGGGAAGAGGUUAAGAUAUAAAAAGGUCAUGUGGCAUAGCGAAAAGGUAUACUAUUCUCAAUCAUACGCUUUCGCUACGUCAAUAACUGUCGAAAGCAUACACUUAACAUCUCCAAAGUUCACGUGCGAUUUAUCUCCCGAGAGAAACAGUUUAACUUCAUCCUUCACGUCGAUCCAGCUGCAGCCGGGACUCUUUUUAACCCCUUUCGAUCUUUUAAACACUCUCGUUCGCUCUUCAUCUCCUUUCUUACCCACAAAACUAUAA